GCCCGCCAUCAUUGUCCGUUGCGAACGCGCGGUGACCAGUACGAUUUGAGUGAUAGUGCUAAAAUGUUGGUGUUUCCGCAAUGGAGACCUGAGCUGCCCAGCGAGGGGUGUAGAGUGCAGCGCUGGACGCCUGCAGAAAGAUUUGCGCCCUAUUUGGCGAGACCUUUCAUCCUCCCUCCACUGCCUCCACGGGUGGAAGAUGAAGAUUCCUCAGGCGGUUCUUCCCCAGAACGCAAUGCCGAUUCUAGUGAUAUGGAAGGGGUGUGCGGGUGGCGGGGGUGCGGGGCGCGGUUCCCGAGCGUGGCGCGCUUGUCCGCGCACGUCGCCCGUACUCACGCACACGCACACAGCGAUGGGCUCUUCUACUGCGGGUGGAAGGGUUGCUCGCGACCCCACAAAGGGUUUAAUGCUAGAUAUAAGAUGUUGGUGCACGUGAGAACGCACACAAAUGAGCGGCCUCACACCUGUAACCAAUGCCACAAAAGUUUCUCCAGGGCAGAGAAUUUGAAAAUUCACCUCAGGUCGCAUUCUGGAGAGAAACCCUAUGUCUGCCCAUAUGAGGGUUGUGGAAAAGCUUAUUCCAAUUCAAGCGACCGCUUCAAGCACACUCGGACCCACACAGUGGACAAGCCCUACUGCUGCAAGGUCCCUGGCUGCAACAAAAGAUACACCGAUCCGUCCAGUUUGAGGAAGCAUGUCAAGACUUACAAACACUUUACCACUGAAGAGAACCAACGAAGAGGGUCUUCCGAUGAAGCCCCGAGUCCGCAGACAUAUUCACCACCAAGAGAGGGCUUUACGACAUACGGCAAGAUUGAGUCCACGUCACCUUUACACCCGCAUAUUACAUACAGCCCUCCUAGAAGCAGCAUAUCCCCAUACAACCCUGUGUUGCCCUUGACAGAGACGCCAGCAAUAAGAUACACGCCGAUGAUCGACUCUCUCACAUACGUCAGACCUCUUGAACCUUUGUACCCCGUGAGGGUCCCGUCACACGAAAUGUCAUAUUUAGAGUACUCACAGAUGUACGAACACGCGUAUAGAAAUUACUACACGAGCAGCUUACCGUACCCAGUAUUAAGGCAGAAUGUCGGCGAGAAGAUAUUCACUUAUGAGGAGCAGCCUCAGUUUCAUGACGUCGCAAUGCAAGAAAUAAAGGAGAGAAAAGACUUAGCCUUUGAGGUGGAAGAAAUGCCAUUAAAUUUAAUGUGCACUAAACGCAGCGAGUGCAAACCCAUCGAAAAUAUAGUUAGACGUACAGACUUACCCUUAGAUUUAAGUACUAAGAGCUGAUUAAUAAUCAUUAAAUUAAUUUUAAGAG